GUUGAAGUUAAAAUUAGCAGAUCUACGUAAUAAAUAUUAUCAAAACACAAAACAUGAGUAUAAAUACAAUGGAAAAGUGAUUUAGUAAAACAUAUCUAAAGUCUAAUUCUAUUCAGUGAAUAUGAAUAUGAUAUUAAGUAUAAUAUUUUUUCUUACAUCUUGUGUAAUAUCAAUAUCUGGUCAUGGAUAUUUAUUGGAACCAGUAGCACGUAGUACAGCAUGGCUUGUCGAUCAAUCAUUUCGACCAUGUUGUACUUAUUCUAAUCAUAUGGAAAUGUUUUGUGGUGGUAUUACACAUCAAUGGAGCACACAUGGGGGUAAAUGUGGUAUCUGUGGUGAACCAUAUGAUAAAGCAAAUAAAUUAUUUGAAAAAGGUGGUGCUAUGUAUACAGGUAAAAUUGUUAAAACCUAUACUCAAGGACAACAAAUUGAUGUUACAGUAGUAUUAACAGCUAAUCAUAAAGGUUACUUUGAAUUUCGUUUAUGUAAUUUGGAUUCUAAUCCAAACUCUGAAGCAACACAAGAAUGUCUUGAUCGUGGUAUAUUAAAAAUGGCUGGAACUGAUUCAACAAAAUGGCGUGAUGUUGAUAAAUAUGGUUCAGAAACAAUUAAAAUUCGUGUUCAACUUCCAUCCAAUGUUGCUUGUCGUCAUUGUGUAUUUCAAUGGAAAUAUACAACAGGAAAUAAUUGGGGUACAGAUCCAGCAACUGGUCAAUCAGGCUCUGGAAUGGGUAUUGAAAAUGAAACAUUUAUGGGUUGUUCAGAUAUAUCCAUUGUUGCUAAUGGUUCACCCGUAGAAACAUUACCUCCUGUAAUAGUAACAACUAAUUCUCCAGUUAAGCCAGGUAAUCCACAGACAACAACCACAACAACUACUACAACAACUCCUCGUCCAUCAGGUGGUUUAACAACUUGGUCAUCGAGUAAUGUUCUAUAUAAAGUUGGUCAUACAGUAUCUUAUGAUGGUGUCAAAUAUCUUUGUGUUCACGAUCAUACAUCAUUUGUCGGAGCUGAACCUGGUCCUCUCACUUGGGCUUGGUGGAAACGUAUAGAUUAA